AUGACUUCCCCUGACGCUGGGGCCAGAAGUGAGAAACAGAUGCUGCUGCAGGCGGACUGGACCUUGCUUUGCCUGGCUUGCAAUGAGACCAAAAGCAAGCUGAAGGCCCACAAGCAACACAGCCACACACCUGCCGUUGGUGGGGACUGCCCUCCGCUUCCUCAGGCAGAUAGCCGGGAAGCGGCCUUCCCCCUGCUCUCUUCCUCUUCCACACCAAUCCCCAAGAAGGCCCAUGGAUGUAGUGUUUGCAGCAAGCACGACCUGGAGACGCAGUUCCUAAUUCACAUCAGAGCCCUGCCCUUCCAUUGUGGGAAAUGGUUUAGGCGCCUCUCGCACCUCAAGCAACAUGACAUGAGUCAUGCGAUCACUCGCCCAUUCCAGUGUGUCAUAUGCCAGGAGGAGUUCAAGCACCUGACCAACUUGGCCUGCCACCAGCAAGGCCACAAGGGGGACAAGUCUCACCAGUGCAGCAUCUGCCACAAGUUUUUCUCCUGCUCGUACAAUCUUCUGAGGCACUAGCAAUGCCACCAGCCAGAAAUGGCUGCCAUCACCUAGCCUGAAGACUAGCUCAGCAACUCCUGCUUUGACAGACAGGAUCAAUCGGCUUUCCUGACCCAUCAGGAAGAGGAAGAGGAGGAGGGGACUGGAAUUUCCAAGGAGGUGCCAUCUGGCUUGUGAUGCAACUAGAGCUGGAAUACUAGAGCAUGUA